AUGUCUGCAGAGCAGUCGUCGCCGCCCCGGCAGUCACGAGGCAGGAAUCCAAAGUCCUACCGCGUCGAGGAGGAUUACUCGUUUCUCGACGAAGAGGAUGACGAGGCGCGUUCUGGGACUCAGACACCGGGGUUUGAUGACGAUGAUGAGGACGAGGACGACUUUAUGCCUGAUGGCCAGGACGAGGACGCCGAGGAUGAUUCUGAAGAUGAAGUAGAUGACGAUGAAGAGGAAGACGAUUCAGAAGACGAAGAAGAGUAUUCGGAUGAGGAGCUUGCGAUGCCAAUGCGCGGUGCUCGCGGGUCAAAAGCCAUGCUGCUCCAGCCAAGCACGCCCAUCCUUCCACGCCACAGGCCGUCCACGGAGCACAUACCGUCGCCCAUCACCUUUGCCAAAGGCAGCGGCGUCAAAGUGCGCAAUGUGGAUGCCGAGCACAAGCUGCGAACACGAGGGAUACCCGACUUCGACAAGAUUGGUGGCCAUGAGCCACGGUUGAAAAACCUGUUCGGGCCGGAUGGUCACCAUGUCAAGCCUGUACUGUCGUCGCGCGACUACUGGUUCCCACAGGAGACAUUCCCGAUCCGGAAAUCCGAUCAGGUAAAGCCGAAUGAGCCUGAUUUCAGCAGCUUGAGAAGAAGCUUCUUUGAGAGUGAAGGCGCAAGGGAGAAGGAGAAUCACGCUUUGAAAGAGUGGUACACGCAUACCGGGAAAGCGGCAUUUACGGCGGCCCAGGUUACUAGGCGGUUGACUGAAGAUGAAGCUGCACAGUACAUGUUGAAUGCGGGCUCAGACACGUUGAACGUACUCACUGGGCCUGUGGACACACCCCAACUUAGCACACUUGCAAAACGCACAUAUAUGCAUAUUGGACAGUCUUUCUCUGAUACAGCAAACAGACGAGGCUGGAUAUUCAAUCUCGGCUCAAGAGUACAAGAUGCCCAGUGGGUGACCAAGGAGGACAGCCGUGUACAGUACCUCGCUGUCGCCGUGGAACAAAAACCCAUGGGCGAAGAUCAGCCAAAGCCAAUGGAGCUACCAAAGGCACCUGCUUUCAAUGCCACCGAGCCGUAUGCGGCGUCCAUUCAAAUUUGGGCAUUUGAAGCCACUGAAGAAGGGGAUAUGGAUACGUCGAAAGAGCCCAGACUUGAGAUUGUGGUUUGCGCAAACUGGGGUGCGCCAAAGCAGCUCCGAUGGUGUCCAGUUGCUGCGGCAGAUGUGGAGGAUGACUCCGAUGCUGAAAGAGAAACGCAUAUUGGCAUGCUUGCUGUGAUCUCGUCCGAUGGAAAAGUACGCAUACUGGAUCUGUGUACACCGACGCGUCAAGCCGAAAGCAAAGAAACCACAUAUUUAUAUUUUUCUCGUGCAGCAUUCGAGGCAUCCAUCCCGCAGACAGUUCCAUCCUGUCUGCACUGGCUAUCAGGAACCACGCUUGCAGUUGCGACAGCAGCAGGCACUAUGGGCAUGUGGUCGCUGAACCGUCCAGGAACUCUAUCGACGUCUCCUACCGACGACCACAACCCGCGACCCUGGUUCUACCAGCAACUAGCCGACACCUUUAUCCUCACCAUCUGCUCCGGGUGGCCUUCAAACCCGCAGUUCCUCUCCAUCAGCACCGCCGACGGUUUCGCCCGCCUGUUCGACCUCCGCAGCCCAAACGCAGACAUGUCGGCCUCGAUCCGUGGGCGCACCUUGUGUCUCACGCAAGCAUGGCACGAACACACGCAAUCGUUUGUCAUGCCAGACGAACACUACAUCCUGCGACACACGCCCAUCCGCCGGUACUACCACAACCUCUACAGCAUGCGCCUGGAAAACAGCAUCACGCGCGUGGCUACGAGCCCCGUCCACCCGGGCGUCCUGAUCGGAGGCAUAGACGGCGACAUCCAGACCAGCAACCCCAUCAUGCGCAUCGCAAACUACAAAGUGGUGCCGUGGCAGCAGAAAUGGUUCAUGCACGAGUGGCGCGGCCCAAUGCACCGGAUGCUCGUAAAACCCACUGCCAUCGAGCCCACCGACGUCGAAACCUCUCAAUCCCAAGAAAAAGCACCAGAUCCGACUGCUGCAUCAACACCACCCCAAGACGAAAGCAACAGCAAUAUCACCCCCGAACAACCCGUACAAGCAGCAACCGUGCCCCCGGAGAUCCUGUCGCAGCCCCUCGUCCGCAUCUCAGAGGGCUACAAGGCCGUGCAGCAGGGCAUCGCGCACAGCGCCGUGUCCAAGCGAAACGGCAACCCGGAGAUUGGGCGCUCCAUUAGCAUUUUCGAGGAGAACUCUGCUGUUACGGCGCUGGCGUGGAAUCCUAAUCUGAGAUAUGGCGCCUGGGCGGUGGCGGGCUUGGGGUCGGGGUUGCUGCGCGUGGAGGAUGUGGGGAUUAUGGGGAAGUAG